UGAAAAAAAUGACUUAUGACCAUUUUUCACACUUAUGACUUUUGCAGCAUCCCCAUAGUCAUGUGAUUUAUAUUUUGAUGUUUGGCAGCUAACUCACAGUUAUGAUGGUUAUGACAUAGGAGAGAAGCCCUACAAAUGCUCCCAAUGUGGUGAGAAUGGCAACUAGGUGAUACAUUAGAGAACUCAUACCAGAGAGAAACCCUUUGAAUGUUCUGAUUGUGGGAAAAGUUCUGGUCAGAACUCCGGCCUGGUGAUACUCUAGAAGAUGCACACAGAAAAGAAAUCAUAUGAGUGUCCUGAUUGUGGGAAAUGUUUCAGUGGGAAUUCCAAGUUGGUGAUUCACCAGAGGACUCACACUGGAGAGAAACCCUUUGAAUGUCCUGAUUGUGGGAAUAGUUUCAGCCAGAAUUCCCACCUCAUGGUACACCAGAGGACUCACACAGGAGAGAAACCCUUUGAAUGUCCUGAUUGUGGGAAAUCUUUCAGUUUGAAUUCCAACCUGGUGAAACACCAGAGGAUUCACACAGGAUACAAGCCUUUUAAAUGUACUGAUUGUGGGAAAACUUUCUGUCAGAAUUCCAACCUGGUGAAACACCAGAGGACUCACACAGGAUACAAGCCCUUUCAAUGUUCUGAUUGUGGGAAGUGUUUCACUAUAAAAUACCAACUCAUGAAUCACCAGAGGAGUCACACAGGAGAGAAACCAUUUGAAUGUGUUCUUUGUAGGAAAAGAUUCAGUCAGAAUUAUCAGCUGAUGAUACAUCAGAGAACUCACACAGGAGAGAAACCAUUUGAAUGUGCUCUAUGUGGGAAAAGUUUCAGACAGAAUACCCAGCUGGUGGUACACCAGAGGACUCAUAUAGGAGAGAAACCGUAUGAUUGUCCAAUUUGUGGGAAAAGUUUCAGUGACAAUUCCAACCUGGUGAAACACAAGAGGAUUCAUACAGGAGAGAAAUCAUAUCAGUGCCAAUAUUGUGAGGAAAGUUUCAUUAAAAAAUUCCAGCUCACAAGUCACCAGAGGACACACACAGGAGACAAACCCUUUGAAUGUGCUAUUUGUGGGAAAAGUUUCAGUCACAAUUUCCGCCUGGUGAUACACCAGAGGAUUCACACAGGAGAGAAACCCUUUGAAUGUCCUGUUUGUGGGAAACGUUUCAGUCAAAGUUCCAACCUGGAGAUACACCAGAGGACUCACACAGGAGGGAAACACUUUGAAUGCCCUGAUUGUGGGAAAAGUUUCAUUAGAAAAUACCAGCUUAUUAGGCACCAGAGGAUACACACAGGAUAUAAACCUUUUGAAUGUCCUGUCUGUGGGAAAGGUUUCAGUCAGACUUCCAGCCUGGUGACACACCAGAGGACUCACACAGGAGAGAAACCAUAUGAGUGUCCUGUUUGUAGCAAAAGUUUCAGUCAGAAUUCCAAUAUGGUGAUACACCAGAGGACUCACACAGGAGAAAAACUCUUUGAAUGUCCUGAUUGUGAGAAAACUUUCAAUCAGAAUUCCAGCCUGGUUACACACCAGAAGACUCACACAGGAGAGAAACCAUAUGAGUGUCCUGAUUGUGGGAAAUGUUUCAGUAAGAAUUCCAACCUGGUGAACCAUCAGAGGAUUCACACAGGAGAGAAACCUUUCGAAUGUCCUGACUGUGGGAAGAGUUUCAGUCAGAAUUCCCAUUUGGUAAUGCACCAGAGGACUCACACAGGAGAAAAACCGUAUGAGUGUCCUGUUUGUGGUAAAGGUUUCACACGGAAUUCCAACAUGGUGUUACAUCAGAGGACUCACACAAGAGAGAAACGCUUUGAAUGUUCUGAUUGCGGGAAAUAUUUCAUUAAAAAAUCCCAGCUUAUCAAUCACCAGAGGACUCACACAGGUGAGAAACCCUUUGAAUGUGCUCUUUGUGGGAAAAGUUUCAGUCAGAGUUCCAACCUGGUGAAACACCAGAGGGCUCACACGGGAGAGAAACCCUUUGAAUGUGCUCUUUGUGGGAAAAGUUUCAGUCAGAAUUCGAACCUGGCGAAGCACCAGAGGACUCAUACAGGAGAGAAACCCUUUGAAUGUCCUCUUUGUGGGAAAAGUUUCAGACACAACUCCAGCCUAGUAAUUCACCAGAAGAUUCACACAGGAGAGAAAUCCUUUGAAUGUCCUGAUUGUGGGAAAAAAUUCAUUAGAAAAUCCGGGGUCAUCAGUCACCAAAGGACACACACAGGAGAGAAACCAUUUGAAUGUCCUGAUUGUGGGAAAAGUUUCAGACAGAAUUCCAACCUGGUGAGUCAUCAGAGGACUCACACAAGAGAGAAACCCUUUGAAUGUUCCUAUUGUGGGAAAAGUUUCAAUCACAAUUCCCACCUGUUGGUACACCGGAGGAUUCACACAGGGGAGAAACCCUUUGAAUGUGCUCUUUGUGGGAAAAGUUUCAGACACCACUCCAGCCUAGUGAUUCACCAGAAGAUUCACACAGGAGAGAAAUCCUUUGAAUGUCCUGAUUGUGGGAAAAGUUUCAUUAGAAAAUCCGGGGUCAUCAGUCACCAAAGGACACACACAGGAGAGAAACCAUUUCAAUGUGCUCUUUGUGGGAAAAGUUUCAGACAGAAUUCUGAACUGUUGACACACCAGACGAUUCAUACAGGAGAGAAACCAUAUGAGUGUCCGAUUUGUGGAAAAAGUUUCAUUGACAGUUCCAAGUUGAUGAAACACCAAAGGAUUCACACAGGAGAGAAAUCAUACCAGUGUCCAUAUUGUGGAGAAUGCUUCGUUAGAAAAUUCCAGUUCAUGAGGCACCAGAGGACUCACGUAGGCGAGAAACCAUUCGAAUGUCCUGAUUGUGAGAAAAGGUUCAGUCACAAAAGCCGCCUUGUGAUACACCAGAGGACUCACACAGGAGAGAAACCGUACGAAUGUCCUGUUUGUGGCAAAAAAUUCUGUGGGAAGUCCCAAAUGAUGAUACACCAAAAUCGUCACACAGGUGAGAAACCGUAUUCGUGUCCUUUUUGUGGCAAAAAUUUCUCUCGGAAGUCCCAAAUGGUGAUACACCAGAGGACUCACACGGGUGAGAAACCAUUUGAAUGUCCUGAUUGUGGGAAAAGGUUCAGUGACAAAAGCUGCCUGGUGAAACACCAGAGGACUCACACAGGAGAGAAACCGUAUGAGUGUCCCGUUUGUGGCAAAAAAUUCUGUCAGAAGUCCCAAAUGGUGAUACACCAGAAGACUCACACAGGCGAGAAACCAUAUGAAUGUCCUGUUUGUGGCAAAAAAUUCUGUCAAAAGUACCAAAUCAUGAUACACCAGAGGACUCACACAGGCGAGAAACCGUUUGAAUGUCCUGAUUGUGGGAAAAGGUUCAGUAACAAAAGCCACCUGGUGAUACAUCAGAGGACUCACACAGGAGAGAAACCAUAUGAGUGUCCCGUUUGUGGUAAAAAUUUCUGUCAGAAGUCCCCAAUGGUGUUACACCAGAGGACUCACACAGAGAAACCUUUUGAAUGUCCUGCAUGUGGGAAAAGUUUCCGUCAGAAGUCCCACCUGGUGGUACACCAGAAGAUUCACACAGGAGAGAAACCAUUUGAAUGUUCUGAUUGUGGGAAAAGUUUCAUUCAGAAUUCUCACCUGGCAAAACACCAGAGGAUUCACACAGAAGAGAAACCAUACAAGUGCCCGGUUUGUGGGAAAAGUUUCAGUCAUAAUUCCCACCUGAUCGUACACCAGAGGAUUCAUACAGGAGAGAAACCAUUUGAAUGUCCUGAUUGUGGGAAACGUUUCAGACAGAAUUCUGGCAUGUUGAAGCACCAGAGGACUCACACAGGAGAAAAACCAUUUGAAUGUCCUGAUUGUGGGAAAAGUUUCAGUCAGAAUACCAACCUGGUGAACCAUCAGAGAACUCACACAGGAGAGAAACCCUUUGAAUGUCCUGAUUGUGGGAAAAGUUUCAGACACAACUCCAACCUAGUGUUUCACCAGAAGACUCACACAAGAGAGAAACCCUUUGAAUGUGCUCUUUGUGGGAAAAGUUUCAGUCAUAAUUGGCAACUGGUGAUACACCAGAGGACUCACACAGGAGAGAAACCAUAUGAGUGCCCGGUUUGUGGGAAAAAUUUCAGACAGAAUUCCCACCUGGUGAUACACCAGAGGACUCAUACAGGAGAGAAACCAUUUCAAUGUGCUCUUUGUGGGAAAAGUUUCAGACACAGUUCCCAACUGGUGAUACACCAGAGGACUCACACAGGAGAGAAGCCGUAUGAGUGUCUGGUUUGUGGGGAAAGUUUCAUUGACAAUUCCAGAUUGGUGAAACACCAGAGGACUCAUACAGAAGAGAAAUCAUAUCAAUGUCCAUAUUGUGGGGAAUGUUUCAUGAGAAAAUUCCAGUUCGUGAGUCACCAGAGGAUUCAUACAGGAGAUAAACCCUUUGAAUGCACUUUCUGUGGGAAAAGGUUCAGUCACCAAAGCCGCCUGGUGACACACCAGAGGACUCACACUGGAGAGAAACCGUAUGAGUGCCUUCUUUGUGGCAAACGUUUCAGUCAGAAUUCCAACCUUAUUGGCCACCAGAGGAUUCACACAGGAGAGAAACCCUUUGAAUGUCCUGAUUGUGGGAAAUAUUUCAUUACCAAUUCCAACCUCAUAAAACACCAGAGGACUCACACAGGAGAGAAACCCUUUGAAUGUCCUGAGUGUGGGAAAAGUUUCAGUCAUAAUUCCAGCCUGGUGAUACACCAGAAGACUCACACAGGAGAGAAACCCUCUGAAUGUCCGGAUUGUGGGAAAACUUUCAUUACAGAAUUACAGCUCACAAAUCACCAGAUGACACACACAGGAGAGAAAGCUUUUGAAUGUCCUGACUGUGGGAAAAGUUUCAGUCGUACUUCCAGCCUGGUUAAACACCAGAGGAUUCACACAGGGGAGAAACCAUAUAAGUGUUCUGUUUGUGGCAAAAGUUUCAGUUGGAAUUGCUACAUGGUGAAACACCAGAAGACUCACACAGGAGAGAAACCGUAUGAGUGUCCUGUUUGUGGCAAAAGUUUCAGUCAGAAUUCCAACCUGAUGAUACAUCAGAGGACUCACACAGGAGAGAAACCGUAUGAGUGUCCCGUUUGUGGCAAAAGUUUCAGUCUGAAUUCUCACAUGGUGAUACACCAGAGGUCACAUGAAAAACACUUUGAAUGCCCUGAUUGUGGAGAAAGUUUUCAUUUCAAUUCAAACCUGGUGAAACACCAGAGGACUCACAUGGGAGAAACUUUUCUAAUGUCCAAUCUUUGGACAGCACUUUAGGCCUAGAUAACUCCUUAUCGCAGGGGUGUCAAACUCUAUUUCAUUGAAGGCUGCAUCAGGUUUGUGUUUGACCUUGGAGGGCCAGGGUGGAUGUGGCUAUGUUGACAUCACUCAUGUCGGGUGGGCGAGAGCUUUGCCAACAAAAAUGAGUUCCUGAGCUCUGUUUUCACUGCGACAGCCUCCUGCAACCCUCUACCAGCAAAAACAGAGCUCAGGAGAGCUGCAUUGCAGCCCUUGUAAGUUCCAUUUUCACUGGCAGAGGCGCCGUUGGGCAGUCCUUCGCUGUUUCCAGGGCAGCCUCACGGGACAGAUCUAAGCACCCCAUGGCUGGAUCUGGGCCCUGGGUCUUCAGUUUGACACCCCUGCCUUACUGCAUAUAACUAAAUUCAUAAGAGGCCAAAGUUAAUGAGUUUGAAUUUCAUUUCUGAACUCCCGUUAAGAGUGUAGGUGAGAAAUAGACUCUGGAUGUUGGCCUGAUCCUUUUUAGUCGACACAUUGCAAGUUUAUACUUGUAGUUGGAGAGGAAAAAAUGUGAAAUCUAUUUGAUAAAGGUGAACUACCUGUUUCUAGAUAUCAUCUAUUGAUUGUGGAGUUUCUCUCUUCUACUUUUUUGAGCUUCAGAUUAUGAAUGCCAUAAUUCCCCAGCCACCAUACAAGUAGUCCUCGAGAUACAGCUGCAAAUUUUGGUUGCAUGUGUUCCAACCUAGGCUUCUCAGAAUCACGAAGCAGACUCCUCAUUCCAAUAAAACCCCUUUUAUUUAGGUUAAAGUGAAUUCC